UUCGUUCAGUUUACUUUACCGAGUGAAGUAUGCGGCUGUGAGGGUGAUGCGACGCUGUGGAGUCUCCGCAUACCAGAUGGUGGUCUAGAGAGAGACAACACUGGGUCCACUCGUCCCGACGAAGGAGAGAAACAUACUUUUGAAAGGACCAGACGCGAGAUAAACUCUUCUUAACGUAACUUUGCUUCAGUUCGCGUGUCAGUGGUUAAGUUCUGGGCUAAGAUGUCUCAAAGAGUUCGAAGAAACGGGUCGCCCACGUCCAGUUGUCCCCCGGUGUCUGCCAGUGCCACCGGCGGAGGAGUCCCUGCCGGAGGUUCUGUCGGUGGUGCCGGAGGCUCCGGAAUGAGUUUGUUCAGUCGCCUCUUGCCAAUGAAGGCGACCGUUCCGUUCCAGCUGAAGCCGCAGGGACAGCCCCCCCUGCAGUCGAGGUCCGUUCACGGUACCGGUAGUGCAGGCGGUAGCCCUACGCACGGCAGCGGUAACGGUGGUAGUAGCAGCAAAUGCCACAGCGGCUCGUCCAACUCACUCAGCCUCAGUCCGACCCGUGGCGUGGCAUGCGGCGCCACGGUCAUCCCGACAGCACCCCUGCCCCCGUCCGCUACGGCUGUCAGCUUGCUGCACACGGCUGGCGCCGGUGCGCACAUCGUGGCACAGUCUUCCUCAUCCUCGUCAUCUUCCUCCUCCUCCUCUUGCAGAAGUAGUCCCAUCGUCAUAUCAACAGGUCCCACUUCGUUCGGCGCUUCGUUCAGGCAGCAGGCGCAGUCCCCCGUCCUCCCGGCUCAGCCGCAAACAGUGGUCUUCCCACACAUGAACGCGCACAACUACGGCUCCGGGAACGUGGGUGCUUUCCUGGGUGGCCUGCCCGCGGCCGCGGCCGUGGUCGUGUCUCCCUGUUACUCCCCCUCCCAACAGCUGAGCUGGAUCUCAGAUGUUGCACCGGGCUUUCUUCCCACGGCGACCCCGCAGCAGCAGACUCCCCUGUCGGCCUCACCGUCUGGGUCCUCCCGGGGACGGCCGGUUGCCCAGUUACCAAGCAGCAGGUCCCCGGACCACGAGCAGCAGUCCCCAGAAAGAAUAAGUCCCAGCUCCCCCGGUGGAAAAGGGCGUGGUGCGGUGUUGAGUAUACGUCGGACGUCUUCUCUGGAGGCGCUAGCAGGACCCUACCUGUCGGGCCAGUGGCCCCGAGACUCCACCCACUCCCAGAGCCACGCCCACUCAGGGCCCUGCAUGAAAGACCAGGCUACACAGGUUGAGCUGUCCGUCAUCUGGGUCGGACAGCGCUUUGAGUCCGGGCCCAGUUCACAGCCGGCUUUGGCCCGUAUGCGGGCCUCGUCUGGGCCGUAA